AUGGCUCCUGUUUCUACCGCACCCAAGCGCAUUAAAGUUUCAAGUAUCUCGAAGGUGAAGAAACAAAUCACCACCCUGAAAAAACCGAAUUUCAACGCAAACGAGGUCAAGCGCGCGACCAAGGAGACCACCAGCAGCUUCAAGUGUCCCGUCUCACCCAGAAAAAUAUUUCUUGAACCCACCGACGGCCAGGUGCGGCAGUUCUACGGCGCCAGAAAUUUUAGUGGCACUUCAUACGAUCGGUUACCUCAAACCGAGAAGCUCGCGUGGCAAGAGUCUCUGAGAGACAACCUGACCCUGAUCGGUUUUCACGUCUACGCCCAGCUCUUCCCGAGCCUACUCGAAAAUCGAAUCAAACUGAACAAGGCGAGCCACCACUACAGAGACAUCGACCGCGCGACGCCCGAGGGCAGGACGCAACUAGAGCAGCGCCGAGAAGCCCUCACAAGACUCCAACGGGUCGGCUCGGCUAGUUCGGUGUUUCACGGGCUCCCGUACUCUGUGGACAAAUCGAAGAGUAUACUACAGUUCAUGAACAUGGAUUUCGACGACGACGAUUCGAGGCAGCGGUUCUUCCUGCAGCGAGAUUUUGCCACAAUAUCUGGGAAGCGAGGGGAGACCAGCUCUUCGAGUGUGUAUGCGUCAUGUUCUUCUGCAAUCGGGCUUAUGUGGUUCGCGACCGUCAUCAUCGGGCGCCCCACAGCUUUCGAAUCGGUCGUCUUGCCCCUGAACGUGAUGGAGCGUCGCGUGCUCGAGGAGAGGUGGCUUUGCCCCCCCUGCCACUUGGACGGCGCUAUCCGCGGCUGGGAGACAGACUGGAGGGGCGUGUUUCGUGCGAUAAACGUACCGCACAGAAACAUAGCCUACAUAAUGUUGGAGCGGGCGUGCCAAGACAAGUACAUUGAGGGGUUCCACGUAGGAGACGCGUACGGUCUUUUUAAGGCAACCCGCUCGGCCCCGGGUGACGCCGAGAGGAUAGCUACACUGUUUCGGGCGUACACCGAAAAAACAAAGUAUGGGAUCGAGUGCGGACCUGUGGUUGGGAGUCUGGACAUAAUCCGACAGCGACCCGUGGACUCUGUCGGCCGCAUGGACGGCUCCGUGUUGGGUUCCAUACAUUUGACGGCGGCCCAACGCUCUUCGACGCUAGUGUCGGCGAAACUGACGGAGAUCAUGGCGCACUUCGACAGCCAGCUUUGGAAAACGAGGAAAAGGCUCAAAAUGGCAAACACCGUCAGCACCAACCUGGACCCCGCCGGCCUCAACAAGAAGGUGGAUGGCGGGCGUAUGUUGGAUCCCACGGACCCCAAGGCGGUGGAGAUGAUGUACGACAUGCUCAAAGGCGUCUGUUUCGGCGUUUGGCACCCCCUGAAGAGCCUGAUCGGUGAGGAACUCGGGGUUAGCAUGGAACACCCCUCCGCGUUUCUUAAAAUUUCCAAUCAGGAGGCCGAGCUCCUGUACGAGCACGCUAAGAAUAAGGGUGUGCUAUACUCCGACGUAGCCAAUCUCUGCGUCUUACUCGCGCUAAGCAACUGUUUUCAGAGGUCCCAGGUCAUGCGGGAGGCAACGAUGAACGAGUUCGCUCUUGUUCCGGACGGCACCCACUUCAGGCACACUUUCAAGGACCGAACUUGGAAGACGGCUACCGCCUCAGCGUCGAGUGGGGCUCUUCCCGUUAGUCACUUUGAAAUGUCAGCAGACCAAAGCAUGAUGAUACAUUUUGUAGCCUGUGUGGGCCACCGCUUCUGCGACGUAGACAUGCGCGACGGCAACAGGAGGCUGUUUGUCAAUUCGAAGGGGGAAGGGUGGACCCCAAACGACACUCGGUCGCGUUUCAAAAAGAUUGGGGCGUACUGGCUAGGAAUUGAAAACUUCUCUCCCCAUGUGUGCCGUACGUUUUGGGCCACACACGCCCUGAAUUCGGGCCAAGUCAAUAGCAGUAAUAUCGACGACUUUAGCUCCUAUCUCCAGGUGUCGAGUGCCACGUUAAGGAGUAGCUAUGCAGCUGCCUCUGCAAACACAGCUGCCCACACAAUAGGCAACGUCGUGCUAGGUGGCGUAGUUGACUCGGCUUGCACGGGGGGAGCGUCGGAGAAGGUUAACCAUCCAUACGGCAAGAGACUUAACGCAGCGAGGAUGGUGUUCAUAGAUGACAUUCGCACGUCUCUACACAAGUACGGGGGGGAUGGAAAACUCAUGUUUCGUGAUUUGGUGAAAAAGCGCAAAGUUGGUCAGCUCCGGGACGGCGAGAAGUGGUUUAGGUCCGAGAAUACGUUUUUUAAAGAUGAAGGCGAGACAAGCUUUACCAAGUUCAGAAAGACGGCGUGUGUGUGA